AAAUGAAACAGGAGUUUUAAACUUUGAGAACUCAUCAUGGAAGACUCAGAAGGACAUUGCUUCAGCUCAGUGGAAGAGGAAACCAGAUACUGGAAAGAGUUGGCUAUGAAAUACAAGCAGUGUGCUGAGAAUACGCAGGAGGAAUUGCGUGAAUUCCAAGAAGGGAGUCGAGAGUAUGAAGCUGAACUGGAGACUCAGCUGCAGCAAACAGAGUCCAGAAACAGAGACCUUCUGUCAGAAAACAAUCGUCUGCGGAUGGAACUGGAGUCAGUUAAGGAAAAGAUUGAAAUGCAGCAUUCAGAAGGAUACAGGCAAAUCUCUGCGCUGGAAGAUGAAUUGGCACAGACAAAAGCUAUUAAAGAUCAACUUCAGAAAUACAUUCGAGAACUUGAGCAAGCAAAUGAUGACUUGGAAAGAGCAAAAAGAGCCACUAUAAUGUCUCUGGAGGAUUUUGAACAGCGUUUAAACCAGGCUAUUGAACGAAAUGCUUUUCUGGAGAGUGAGCUGGAUGAGAAAGAAAACCUUCUGGAGUCCGUGCAGCGCCUGAAAGAUGAAGCUAGAGAUCUACGACAAGAGCUUGCGGUGCAGCAGAAACAGGAGAAACCCAAAACACCAAUGCGAACUACCCUGGAAACAGAAAGAACAGACACUGCAGUUCAGGCGUCCUUAUCUGUGCCUUCAACUCCCUCGGUACACCGGGCACCCAAUGUCAACAUACCCACCCCUGCGACAUUUAGGAGAG